AUGGGCAAGAGGACUCAUGCUGAGGAGGAGGAUCAGGAGGAAGAUGUUGAUGUCAGUAGCGUUCGACCGUGGAAGAUGCUGAUACCUCCAAGGAAAAAGUCGUUUGGUGUGGAUUACCAGGGGAGGAUGGGGAAAUUCUUUUCUACGCACUACAGCGCACAGGAAGCUAAUGAGAUGAAGGAGGCGAUCAAGAACCUCUCGGAACUUCGCGCGCAGACGCUUCAUGUCUCUGAAGCGACGACAGCCAACUGCGACGUGAGCAUUCGCUACUGGGCGCAGCUGUGCCUGCUGGACAAGCGCAUCGACUUCAGUCAGAUUGGUCUUGUCUUCACGUGGAUCGAUGCGUUCAAAGGGCCCACCACCCUCUCGCCAAACCAGGGAAGAAUGAACAGCACGGCUCUUGCCCUAGAGAUCUCCUCUGUCCUCUUCAACAUUGGCGCCAUGCUGGCCUUCCAAGGCAACACAGUGCACAGCUCGGGCGGUCAAGAGAACUUGAAGCAGGCCUCGAUAUUGUUCAAGAAGGCUGCUGGGUACUUCGCAGGGGUGAAGGCUUACUCGAGCAGAAUUGAUGGGGCUGUCAGCACAGACCUGACCUCGGACUGCUGCACCAUGUUGGAGAACCUCUGCCUGGCGCAUGCUCAGCGAUGCUUCUAUGAGAAGGCGGCCAAUGACAAGAUGAAGGAGUCACUUCUUGCCAAGUUGGCUGCCGGGGUUGCCAAUCUCUACGCCUCGGUGCAUGCGGCGCUGACGGCUGGGGAGGUUGCGAAACACUUUAAGGGAACCACGUGGGCCGGGGAGGCAGCGCAAGAAAUGUUCACAUUCAAGUCCAUGGCUCAUGUGCAUGCGGCCAACGGGCUGGAAGAGGAGGCGAAGGGGAUGAAGAAAGGGCAGGAGAUUGGGCAUCUGCACACAGCGAACUCGUUGUUGGAGCAGGCGUGCAAACUAAAGUUGAACAACCCGAAAGAGAAGGAGCUGAAGGGGAAGACCACGACGAUGCAAGGGCUCAUCGCCAAGGCAAAGAAAGAAAACGACACCAUCUACCACAUGCCAGAAGAGAAGGCGAUGCCUGACCCGGAGGCAAAGCAAGUCGUUCAGAGCGAGCCUCUGCCGAGCAUCCAGGAUGCUGUCGGCUACGACUUGUUCUCUGCUCUGGUCCCUGAUACCGUACGGCAAGCUGCAUCGCAAUAUGCAUCAAAGCGACAGGAAUACUGCAAUCAGAUUGUGCAAGAGAUGAAUGCCGACACUGAGGCCCUCCGCAACAAGCUCUCAACGAUCACUCCCCAAGUUGACGCCUGCGACUUGAGCGAACCAGGUCUCCCCAACCGCCUGAAGGAGAAAAUCGCUGCCAUCCAGUCCCAGGACGGAGUGAGAGGGUUGAUGCAGAGGUUCCAGCUCAACCUCGAGAUGAAGGAGGACGUGCAAGGGAACGUCCAGCUAGCGAAGCGAGUGAUCGAGGAGGAGGAGGCAACAGACAGCGAUCUAAGGCAGAAGUUCGGAGUGAGAUGGACGCGAUCGCUGAGCUCGAGCAUCAAUGAGCCCUUGAAGAAGGACAUGAAGGAGAUCGAGAAACAGCUCAAACUCGCCGCCGAUGCUGACGAGAUUGUGCGAGGGAAGAUCGACUCCAAGCGCUCGCUGCUGGACCUGCUGGGCCUCAACACUGAGCAGCUCGACGGGAUGGUUGCAGGCUCAGGAGACAGGGCGUAUGAGUGCAUGUCAGUGCAGAGUGCGCUGAUCAAGACACGGGAGGCCGUCGCCAAGCUCAAGCUGAUCAUCAAGGAGGUGGAGAACUUGAUCUCCCACCGGGAGCAGAUCCGAAGCUCCAUCAUCCGCAGGAAGGAGAGCGAGGAUGCAGUAAAGGUGCGGCAAGGCCGUGGCUCCUUCCUCGUGCUGAUGACACCUCAGACGUUGAGCAACCUGAUCCUUGGAGGGAAGUCCCAGGCAGAGGCCAUGGACAAUCUCCUGGCGGGAUAUGCGCAGUUGCGUGAGGAGUUUGUGAAGAACAAGAAGAUUGUGCAGGAGCUGAUGCAGAAGCUCGAGAAGGAGAUCGACGAAUUCCUGUCAGAGCAGAAGCAAGACGAGGAGAUGAGCAGGAGAGAAGCUGUUUUGACCAAGAUCUCGCAGGCCAUCGACGCAUACUCGGAGGUCUCAAACUACGUCAGGGAAGGCGCUUCCUACUAUUCAGCAACCCAAGAAAAGGUGAAUAAGCUGCGAUCGCGAGCCGAAGACUUUCGGGUCGCACGAGACAUCCAAAAGGAGGACCUCCUCUCCUCCAUCACCGAAGCAUGCGCCCAAGGUGCCCCUGCUCCUGCUGCUCCUGCUGCUGCCGUCGCCGCUGUUCCUGUGCAAACAGCCAUCCCCGUGGCUCCUGUGCAGACGUUCAGCUACUCCCGAGCCACUCCUGACACUUCCAAGGACGAGGAGUACGCGAGGCAACUGGCAGCCGAGUUCGCACGUGCGGAAAUGUCGCCAGGCGCCUCCUCGUCCGCGCAUGCUGCUCCAUCUUUCUCAGCAGCUCCUGUUUCAGCUGCUCCUGCUCAGCCUGUCGUAGGAAUUGCAGAGGCCAUGCAGCCGACUCCCUUUUUCGCUCCUCCCUCCAAUCCUCCUCCUUCGCAUCUGGUGCAAGGCGUAGUGCAAGCGGGAUCGGCUCCCACCCUACAGAUGGCACUACCGCCCCAGCGCCCUGCUCCUCAGCCUCCAAGUUUCUCAGCUCACUCAGAGCAAGCUGCCACUCAUGUCGCGACUGCCGUUGCGCCCGCUGCGGCGCCUCCACCUCCUGCUGCUCCACCGACACAGAACGUCAAGCUUCCUCCUGGUUGGGAGCAGCAGCUGACAGCUGACGGGCAAGUCUACUACGUCAACCACAACGACAGGACGACGUCCUGGGACCCUCCUGUGUGGGACGGCGAGCAGCUGCAGACCAAAGAAGGAGGAUACGUCAAUCAACGGCCCUUCUAGACCUGCGAGAAAAUCAAGAGAAGAGAUAGGCAGGCAGCCAGAGAGCCAGGCAGGAAGAGGGGAAGAUCAAGUACGGCAGGGGGUGACGGUGUGCACGUGCUCGAGGUGGUUGGGUGUGGGAGGCUGAAGUAUCGUCAGUCCUCAACGCAUGCAGCAUCAUGCAGAUGAUGAUCGUUUAUUGAAAGUCGUAUCAUCUCGC